AUGUACCUGUUUCGUCCUGUAGUCAACAACCGGAUGUUCGUCAUAGUUUUCUUCUUCCACUUCCUGUUGAAGGCUAAAGGCACUGCGUGUUUGUUAUUUAGCAUUUGUUUAAGACGAAAUAAACCCUCAUCAUGGCUAUGCAAGCAGCAAAACGUGCUAAUAUUCGGUUACCCCCGGAGGUGAACAGAAUCCUGUACAUAAGAAAUCUGCCGUACAAGAUCACAGCUGAGGAAAUGUACGAUAUCUUUGGCAAAUAUGGUCCCAUACGUCAAAUACGAACGGGGAACACACCUGAGACCAGAGGAACGGCGUAUGUUGUUUAUGAAGACAUCUUCGAUGCCAAGAAUGCUUGUGAUCACCUGUCAGGAUUCAACGUCUGCAAUCGCUACCUGGUGGUUCUUUACUACAAUGCCAACAGGGCUUUCCAGAAGAUGGACACAAAGAAGAAGGAAGAGCAGUUGAAGUUCCUAAAAGAAAAAUACGGCAUCAACACAGACCCUCCCAAAUGAGUUUUUUUUACAACUAUUCGGCUUUCACACACCUUCAACUUCUCUGUACCUGUACAAAUGUUCUCUUUUUUUUUUUUUUUGGCUGUUUUUAAUUUUCAUGUUUUUUU